AUGUCCCAAGCCAAGCAGCUUGCGCAGUAUCACAACAGCGGUGUCGAUGGCCAUGGCUUUGGCAGCCCGAAUGACGCAGCGAGAAAACAGGUCGCCUGUGACAGAUGCAGAGGCCAGAAGCUUCGCUGCAUCUGGGAUGAAAAUGUUGGACAAUGCCGAAGGUGUGCUAAGGCAAAUGUCGUGUGCAUGAUACUACCACCUCGACCCAUGGGCCGGCCGUCACGCCCGACUCAUCGCAGCGACUCCCAAUCCACAAGUAGUUACGACCAAAUUCCGCUUCAGGACCCGCAAUGGGCAGCGUUCAUGCAGUCACAGUCGUUACAUGCUGGAUCCUGUGCUGCGAUGGAGCAAGACGAUAUAGACAUGCAAGAUACCCUCACGGAGGGGACAAGGACUGAUUUCGACGACACCAACCGUGGAGCGACCGCUCGUUCAUCAAUUGAUCAUCUUCUGAAUGGCCAAGCCGCCCACUUCUCAUCUGAACUAUUCCCACACUCGGACAUGCUGCAUACGAAUGAAAAUCUACAAGAUCUAGAUGAUAACUCUUUUGUGGUACAUUCGUCGCUCAUGCAGAACGCCGACAACAGCUACAAAAUACCCACAUUCCGUAGCGAUAAGACCUUCGUUCCUUCACGUCAUAACAACCCGACCAUGGAUAUAAACCGUCCAGCCGCACCCCAAUUAAUCCCGCCCGACGCUAAUUCCGAGGGCGAUGAAAAUACAGAUGAAGACCUGGAUGACAGAAGUCUAUGCACCAUCACAAAACUGUUAAGACUGAAUAUGGCCCUGUACAAGCAUCUAACGCAGAUGAACGCGGGACAGAGCGAGAGUCCGCCUCCAGUCAUGACGCCUGUAUCACUUGAGUCUCCAUCCGCACCCAGUCCUAAACCAGCAAUGGUGCCAAGAAUGAUGAUCGGCCGGCUACUGUCCCUGACAGAUGAAUUCUCGACGCUCCUCGGCCAGCUCGGUCUCCUGGCCCGUUUUCACAAAAUACCCGGCAGUGGAAGCGACACCGCAAGCCCCUAUGGCUCUGUGUCAUCUACAACCACCUCGGGAAACGCGAGCAGGUGCAGCCGUAGCCGCAGCAGUCCCGAAGCCUCCCAGUGGAAGCAGCACGACCCUUGCACGGCCCUGCUGGUCCUGAGCUGCUACCUCCACCUCAAGCAAGUGCAUGCCCGUUCCCGCCUCGCCUUGAACCGGCUGCUGAGCCGAGACGUGGAGCCCGAAGACUUGCCCGAGCUGCUGCCGGGUCUCGUGAUUGAGGGAUUCUCACUCGCUGGCCACGGGCGCUUGCAGCUGGGUAUGACGGCCAAGCUGUGCGAGCAAAUGUUCAACAGUAUUGGACCGUGCAUGGGGCUGGAUGACAGUGUCUAUGAUCCGGCGCCAAGUGGGUUGGAUGAGCUUGUUGAAAAGAUAUGGGGUUUGUUCGGGAGAGAAAAGAGUCCGUAG